CUUUCUCGCUGUCGGCUGCAAGCAGCUUAUCACAGGCACCAAUUCAAGAAACAAAGACAAAAUGGCAAUGCAGGAGAGUAUUCUAGCACCAGCGCCGUUAGAUGCAGAUCCCUACUGGCUACCGAAUCCUAACGCAAGUAGAAGCUCACAAUCACAGCAUCCACUUGAUGACUCCUACAUUGAAGCUCAGCCUCACUCCACUGCCACUGCUGGGGAUAAUUCUGCAGAAGCACAAAUAUCACAGUCUCUGGCAAAAGCUGCAGCUCAUCAACUUCGGACGACAGCGAAUCUAAUGUAUUCCUACCUACCUUUGUACAAUGCUGCGAAACAUGGUGACUGGAAAACUGCUACAAGUUUGAUUGGGGACAACAGAAAUUUAUGGAUAUCAAGGAUGACAACCAGCGCAGAGACUGUAUUGAUGGUUGCCGCAAGAUCAUUGAAAUGGGAAUUUGUUGAGAAGCUGGUGGAACUUUUAACUCCAGAUGAGCUUGCAAUGCAAAAUAUAUAUGGUGACACGGUUCUCCAUUAUGUUACCUUUUCUGAAAGCAUAAAAACUGCCGAACUUCUGGUAAGAAAAUGCAGUGAGUUAACACAAAUUGUCUCCGAAAAUGGAGCAACUCCACUACUGGUGUCUCUCAGACUGUCUCUUUAUAAGGACAUGAUUUGGUACCUUGCUUUGGUAACAAGACUUCAGCUUAAUAGCCCUACCUGUCCCUUCACUGGGACUCUAUCCACCGAGCUGUUUUGUAAUCUCACUUAUUCUGGUUUUAAUGAUAUAACCUUAUAUCUACUUCGGCAGUAUCAUGAGUACGUGGGAUAUCCUUUAGACCAGACUGGGCAUUUGUUGCUUUGGUUGUCGGCAGUGCCUUCGAACGUCCAUAUUAACAAAAACAGCCUCACUUUCAUUGAAAGAUGGUUAUAUAAAUUUAUUCAUGUGGAAAUGGGAGUACCACCCCAUUCACUUAGAAACAAGGAAGGCGUGUCAUCAUUGACUCUCCCGGAACCAUCAAGGAGCUUCUUAUCUCAAGAGCUUCAUUGUUUGAAGAUGUUACUUUGGAAAGCUUCCGAAAAAGUGGUGCCAAGUUUAAAACGAGUUCGAGAAGCCAAGUUGCAACAGAGAUGUGUUGAGGAAAUAGUAGAGAAGUUUUGCAUUGAAUUUGGAUCUAACUUUACCUUUGACCGCGUCAGUUUUAUACUUUUGCCGGUCAUGUAUUCAGCUACACGUCUUGGGAAUGUUGAAAUUGUAAGGAUUUGUCUUAAACAUUUUCCGGAUCUGAUUUUCGGGCGUGAGGAACCUGGAAACAGACACCUAUUGCUUGUUGCAACUGAAUGCAGGCAAGAAGAAAUUUUUAAUCUGAUAACCGAGAUCCCUAUAACUAGAGCUUUUUUGGCCAAUUCAAAAGAUAAUUAUGGAAACACUGUCUGGCACAGUUCAGCAAAAUUGGCACCUUCCUCUAAACUCUUAUCGGUUUCUGGUGCGGCUUUACAGAUGCAAAGAGAGUUACAAUGGUUUAAGGAAGUGGAGGAAUUAAUUGACCCUGCAAAAAGACGCCUGAUGAAUAUGGAAGGUAAAACAGCUAUGGAAAUUUUCAUGGAGGAUCACAAGAAGUUGGCUGAGGAGGGAGAGAAAUGGAUGAAAGAUACUGCAAAUUCUUGCAUGAUUGUUACCACGCUCAUUGCCACUGUAGUGUUUGCUGCUGCUUUUACUGUACCUGGAGGCAAUGUAGGUGAUACAGGCAUUCCAGAUGCACUAGCUUUGUUUUCUUCAUUCACUAGCUUUUUCUGCAGCGGACGGAUUUCUUAGUGUUCGCCAUUUCAGAUGCACUAGCUUUGUUUUCUUCAUCCACUUCUUUAUUGAUGUUCUUGUCUAUCUUGACUACGCGAUAUGCGCCCGAAGAUUUCCUCCUAAAGCUACCAAGGAGGUUGAUUAUAGGUCUCGGUUCUCUCUUCUUCGCUAUCAUCACCAUGAUGGUGGCCUUUGGUGCAACUUUGUACAUGCUACUCAAGGACAGAUGGGAAUCAUUUUACAUCCCAAUUGUUGCCCUGAGUUGUAUACCGAUACUGAUAUUUGCGAAGUUGCAAGUUCCGUUGUUCUACGAUAUAGUCCAAUCAACAUAUGGAUCCGGAGUUUUUAAGAAGAAAAAGACAUGGCGAUUCCCCAUUAAGUGGAAAUUCCCCUUUUGGGUAUCUCAUUAGAAUAUUUAAUUAGCGUGAGUGCAAGCGAUGUGAAAGAUGUAAUUUAUUUAGAAUUUAUGUAAAUGUUGUGGUGUGCAUUGAGAGAUGGUUGUGUUCUUUACUAAAGGUAGUCUUAAUUACUGUAUUGAGAAUAAAGUUUCAUCGAUUGUGAAA